UCUUACUGUUCCUUGUUUUAAGUCACAAAUAAGCACCAUCGGCCAUUCAAAGGACAGAGACACAUUGACGUACAGUUUAUCGUUUUAGACUGUCGAGCCAAGUGAACAGCCUCACCAGUCCCCACUGUUUGGUUUAGAUUCAAUGUAUUUUUGGUAAAGUCUCUUAGAUGUUCUCCUGAUUCAAUUUGGAUGCAGUCGAUGGAGAAGAUACAACACAGGCAUGUUGAUAUCCAAGGACUCAAAUUACAUGUUGCUGAUAUUGGUUCAGGUCCAGCAGUGCUGCUGUUGCAUGGAUUUCCUGAAAUCUGGUAUUCUUGGCGUUAUCAGAUGAUCGCGUUGGCAGAUGCAGGAUUUCAUGCAAUAGCUCCCGAUUUCAGAGGCUAUGGACUCUCUGAUCAGCCUUCUGAAAUUGAGAAUGCCGGCUUUGUAGAUCUUGUGGAAGACCUGAUUGGUAUUCUUGAUGCCCUUAGUAUUCAAAAAGUAUUUGUUGUGGGUAAGGACUUUGGAGCAAUUGUUGCAUAUUAUGUGGACCUUCUACACCCUGAUCGAUUGAGAGGAAUAGUAACGAUGGGUUUACCUUAUAUAAGACCAGGUCCACAAUACUUUGCGAUGGACAAGCAUCCUCGAGGCUUUUAUGUCAGACAUUGGCAGGAGCCUGGAAGGGGUUUGGCAGAUUUUGGACGUUUUGAUGUAGAAUCUGUGGUAAGGAAUAUAUAUACACUUUUCUCAAGUAGUGAACUGCCUGUGGCAGAGGAGGGUAAAGAGAUCAUGGACCUGUAUGACCCUGCAACUCCCUUGCCUUCUUGGUUUACUGAGGAUAACCUCAAAAUGUAUUCAAGCUUAUAUGAGAAAUCAGGAUUUGCUUUCCCUUUGCAAGUUCCUUACAUGGCUAUGAAAAGGAACUGGGGGAAAUUGGGGGAAAUCAUAGAUUAUACCAUUCAAGCUCCUACCCUUUUGAUCUUGGGUACUAAGGAUUAUGCUUUCAAAUCUGGAGACAUGGAAUCUUAUAUUAAUCAGGGAAAGCUCAAGGAUGAUGUGCCCAAUCUGGAGAUCAAACUGUUUCCGGAAGGAAGUCAUUUUGUUCAGGAACAGUUCCCUGAGGAGGUGAAUAAGAUUACCAUUGGCUUUCUCAAUAAGCAACUGCAAUCUUAAAUUCUGUACUGUAUUUUAAAUUCGAUUUUGGACUUCUCUUGAUGUUAGUUGUAAACAUGCUAGUGAUAAUUUAAAUAAUCAAUUAUCAGAGCUUCAGUAUGCCUGAUUUAUGUUUA